AUGUUUCCAAAAGUCGAUGAAUCGGAGCUAAUAAAGAACGAGUUUAGCAGGUUGAAAGGAAUUUGUUAUCUGGACCACGCUGGUUCAGCACUGUACGCUGACAGUCAAAUAGACAACGUGAUGAAAGACCUGAAAAUGCACUUGUACGGAAAUCCUCAUUCAACCGGUGAUCCGUCGGCAACUUGCGAAAAACUCAUAAAUAAUGUUCGAUUUAAGUACGUAAAUAUUGUUAAAAGAAUGACUAAGGAACUGUACGUUUACGUGAAAUAA